GACUGAAAGUACCGGGUCGUGUGUGUUCUUCGUGGGGGGAAUCUGCCGCGCAGCGUGGAUCGGCGCGCGGAGACAGGGAAAAGCGUGGCAGAAAGCUCUGCUCCGGGCUGCAGGAGUCAGAGGUAGUGUUUUUUUCCUGUCCCCUUCCCAGUCUAGACCAUACCCCCGCCCCGCACCCUGAGUCUCUCCUGGGGACCCCCUCAGCGCCUCCCGUUCUGAAGUGAGCCCCAGGCAAGGUCAUGAAGCUGGUGAGGAAGGACAUCGAGAAGGACAGUGCGGGGCAGGUCACCCUCGUCCCUGAGGAGCCCGAGGACAUGUGGCACACCUACAAUCUAGUGCAGGUGGGCGACAGCCUGCGCGCCUCCACCAUCCGCAAGGUCCAGACCGAGUCCUCCACGGGCAGCGUGGGGAGCAACCGUGUCCGCACCACCCUCACCCUUUGCGUGGAGGCCAUCGACUUUGACUCCCAAGCCUGCCAGCUGCGAGUCAAGGGGACCAAUAUCCAGGAGAAUGAGUACGUGAAGAUGGGGGCUUACCACACCAUCGAACUGGAGCCCAACCGCCAGUUCACCCUGGCCAAGAAACAGUGGGACAGUGUGGUUCUGGAGCGCAUCGAGCAGGCUUGUGACCCAGCCUGGAGUGCUGAUGUGGCGGCUGUCGUCAUGCAAGAGGGCCUCGCCCACGUCUGCCUAGUCACGCCCAGUAUGACCCUCACCCGUGCCAAGGUGGAGGUGAACAUCCCCAGGAAGCGGAAAGGCAACUGUUCCCAGCAUGACCGGGCCCUGGAGAGGUUCUAUGAACAGGUGGUCCAGGCCAUCCAGCGCCACAUCAACUUUGACGUUGUCAAGUGCGUUCUUGUGGCCAGCCCGGGAUUUGUGCGAGAGCAGUUCUGCGACUACAUGUUUCAGCAGGCGGUGAAGACGGACAACAAGACGCUCCUGGAAAACCGCUCCAAAUUCCUUCAGGUACACGCCUCCUCUGGACACAAGUACUCCCUGAAAGAGGCCCUUUGUGACCCCACCGUAGCUAGCCGCCUUUCGGACACGAAAGCUGCUGGGGAAGUGAAAGCCUUGGAUGACUUCUAUAAAAUGUUGCAGCACGAGCCUGACCGAGCUUUCUAUGGACUCAAGCAGGUGGAGAGGGCCAACGAAGCCUUGGCUAUCGACACCUUGCUCAUCAGCGAUGAGCUCUUCCGGCAUCAGGACGUGGCCACCCGCAGCCGGUAUGUCAGGCUGGUGGACAGCGUGAAAGACAAUGCAGGCACGGUUCGGAUAUUCUCCAGUCUCCAUGUGUCUGGGGAACAGCUUGGCCAGUUGACGGGAGUAGCUGCCAUUCUCCGCUUCCCUGUGCCAGAACUCUCUGACCAGGAGGAUGAUUCCAGUUCUGAAGAGGAUUAAGACUGACAUUUAGUAGUUGCUUCUCCUCCGUUACUUCUCGGCAUUGCUUGACAGGUGCAAGAGCCGCACUUGUUGAUCGGGCUGGGAUUUCCUGUGUGUUGGUCACACUAGGACAUGUAUUCAAAUUAAAUAAACCAAAAGAAAAGAACGUCCAAGCAUUAUGUUUUCUGAUUAGAGUUUUUUUUUCCUAAAUAUCUGAAAACAGCAAUUUGUGUACAUAAGAGAAAAAGUCUGUUGUUUGGGUUUGAUUCUACAUGGCAUUUUUUCAUUUCAUUUAGUGAUCCUUUUCUCACUUCUUUCUAGUUUAUUUUUCAAAAUUUGACUACAUUUACUACUUAAGUGGUAGCCAAACCAUAAAUAAAGCCAAGUCUGAGAUACUAUUUUCUUUUAGAGAUUUGUUGAACUAGCCGUUUCUAAAACUCUUGUUGCUCUGUGGUUGUUCUAAUCAUAUUUUCUGCAGACAAAUAGUUAUUUUUCAGGCAGUAGAGGUCUGCUCUACCAAGGAUUCCCAACAUAGUCUCGGGACCAGGACCUUAAAGCUGAGAUGAGAGCCUGUGGUUCACUUCCUGCACCUCUGGGCACCUCUCCAACCUGGACUUCAGCUCUUUACACUGAAACCCUGCCACAUUCUUCGGUUUGCUGAGAGCUUUGUUUACUGUGACUUGGCCAGCGGUACACUUUACAAGGUGCCUGUGGCGUUAGUGUGUGUUCUCUCAAUCAUUCUGGUCCAUGUCAUACGUGAAGAAAAGCAUGUUCAGGGAGUUGAGUACCUUGGAUAACUACUUGGAAGUUGUAGUCCAUCACUUCUAACUGUAGAUACAGAAUUUAUACAAAUUACCACUAAGACUGC